UGAUCUCGCGCAAUUUUAAUAUUAUAAUCCAAUCGUCAAUACGCCAAAUUGUCUACCAUAGUAGGAUUUGUCAUAGACAGUAAAAGAAAGGGAUUUGUUGAUUCUCUUCCGGGAUAUCUCAACUAAAGCGUAAGAUGACAGAGGAGCUUUUGACCACGUGGGAAGUAUUUUAGCCAAUCAUAUGCGUUGUUCAAUAUGGGGCUGACAUUCCCAAGGCAACCCGUUAUACUGCUUAUCAUAAGACGAAGCAGGUGACCAUGCAGCCUAUGAAUAUGUACAUGGUACCCAAUCCAGGGAUACCUGGAUGUCCACCUGGACUAGAGUACCUAACACAGAUCAGCUUCUAAUUAAACAGAAAGUGGAGCUUAUUGAAGCUUUGGUAGGCUUCGAGAGCAACAAUAAAUAUGAGAUCCGAAACUCCUUGGGGCAGAACGUUUUCUACGCGGUUGAGGAAAACGACUGCCUUACGCGUCAGUGUUGCGGCCCGUUGCGAUCUUUCACCAUUCGCAUCCUCGAUAACUUUGGACACGAAGUCAUCACAGUCAACCGCCCACUCAAAUGCAUGUCUUGUUUCUUCCCAUGUUGUCUGCAAGAGCUGGAAAUCCAGGCUCCUCCAGGAAACACAGUGGGUUAUGUUCGGCAGCAGUGGCACCCUUUCCUUCCUAAAUUCACCAUAGAGAAUGAGCACAGAGAGCCUGUUCUCAAGCUCCGGGGACCUUUCUGUGGCUGGAGCUGCCUACCAGAUGUGGACUUUGAGAUCUUGACUAUGGAUGAAGUCAGUAUCGGGAAGAUCAGCAAACAGUGGACAGGUCUUCUCCGAGAGGCCUUCACGGACUCUGACAACUUCGGGAUACAGUUUCCAAUGGAUCUUGAUGUGAGAAUGAAGGCAGUGAUGAUCGGGACCUGCUUCCUUAUUGACUUCAUGUUUUUUGAAACAAAUAACUAACUGCUCUGCAGAGGAACGAGAGGGUGGCGUGAUGUUUUGAGCUAUGGAAAUGGGUGAUAAAAAGGAAAAACUAUUUUUAGGCAUCGUACAAAUGUGAAAUCAAAUGCAAUGCAUGUUAACAUAGUGUAGAUAUUUUUCUUGUGUAAUGAUUAAAGUGUAUUGUUUAAUUUUUAUACAUGUUAUACUGUUAUAAUAUAAAUGCACAAAUUACAUUUUACAGGACUAGUUUUUCCAGAAAUUUAACAUGCCCAAGUUACCUCUGCUAAAUGUAGAAAUGAAAUAUUUAUUUAGCAUUAUGUUGCUCCAAAUCCAUAUGACUUUUUCUGUGGAAAACAAAGAGAUAUUUAGCAUAAUAUAUUUUAUAUAAACAUAGUUCAUAUGACUCAUGCUCUAUAUUCCAAAUCUUCAGAAGCCAUAUGAUACAUUUGAUGAAUUUACAUUUUAUAUUUAAAUAUACAGUUAAGAUAAGUAGCACAAUGUAUAUCAUGCAGUAAAACCCGUACUAAAUGCCUAAAAAACUAUAAAACGCCAAAUCAGCUUUAAUGCUAAAACAAGUGCAAGUGGUUAAGGAAACAUAAUUGCAUAUAUUGUUUUUAACUAAUAAAUGAGAAUUUUUUGGCAUUGGGUCAUAUGACUUUGCUAAAAAUAACAUUAUUUUGUGUGUUUGGUGUAAUGCAAUGUGUUUUCCACAUACCUUACAUUAUUGUUGCUCCUCUAUGUCGCGCCUUUCUGAAACAUGUCAGUUUUACAAAGUUGAAAAGCACAAUGUGUUCUGAUUGGCCAGCUAUCCAUUGUGUUGUGAUUGGCCGAAUACCUCAAGCGUGUGGUGGUGGAAAUGUUACACCCCUUACAAUAUUUGGAAUAUUAUCUCCAAAUGCACAACAAAAGUUACCACCUUUUUUGCAUGGGCAUGUUUAAAUGAGGCGUUUUAGGAGGGCCUUCACUUUUAGAAAGAAUAUCUCUUUGGGUUUGAGACUUUAUGGAUCUUAAAUAUGCACAAAUAGCUUUUAACACUCCAAAGACAAAGGAAAACAUGAAGUCACAUCAUAUGACCCCUUUAAUAGUACUCAGAGUUUCCAGCAGAGGGCAAUGUUGAUCUAUAUGUGUACACACAUUUUUAUUCAGCUCUUGAAUGAUUUUAUUAUAUAUUAUGACUCAGGUUUGCAAACCACCAAUGCUUGCAGUGAAAACAUCUAUGUGAUCGUUUACGAAUGCACAUAUAUUGAUCAUGUCUUAUUAUACCGAAUGUAUUAUUCAAGAUACUGCUCUUGGUUCUGUUUUUAAAGCUAUUUAUUUUGGCAUGUUUUUUGAUGCUCGAGUUCAUCCACUACAUAUAUUUAUUACGGUCACAUUCUAUAAAUUCCAGAUUUUUGUAUUGUUAAUACAUUCAUAUUUAUUAUUAUUGUGUAGCUAACCAACUGCUAUUUAAGUUACAAUGUACAACAAGAACCAAGAAAAUGUCUUGUGGGUGAAUACUUUACUUUGUGUUGAAAUGAAGAUUUUUAGCAUCGCAUUAGUGUAAUGAAAAGAUUUGAGGCAAUACACUUUCAUCAUGAAUGCAAUAAAGAGAUGGUUUGGUUGAGAAUUCAGCUCUCCUGGGCAUAGAUAUUCAUAUCUCUCAGAUUAUUUCUUUCUAUUAAUGUGUCCUGCAGGAGGAUUUUAUGCCAUGUUUGCUCAUUGUUAUUUGUUGUUCUCUAAUGGAAUUGGUUUAAAACAAAAUAUAAAUCUGGCCUGUUUAUUAAGAUUUAUAUAAUUAUGUGUCUCUGUUUGUUUGAAGAAGAAUACACAGCAGUCUGGUAGUUUACUGUAAUAUAACGGUGGAGUGUUUGUAUGCAAUAAAGUAUUUCUGACAGUCUGUAACACUUUAAUGUGUAAUAAAUUGCCUAUGUUUCUCUAA